CCGUAAAGGGUUCGUAAAUGCGCUGUCCAGGUACGUUCCGGUGAGCAUGUACGGGAAAUGCGGCACAAAGGAUUGUCCGAGGGACGAAAGAUGCAACCGGAGUAUCCGCAAGCACAAGUUCUACUUAGCCCUAGAGAACAGCCCCUGUCGGGAUUACAUAUCUGAGAAGCUCUGGCGGAAUGCUCUUCUCAACAACCUCGUGCCCGUCGUCUACGGGGCUUCGAAGGAGGACUACGAACGCGUUCUACCGCCCGAUUCGUUCAUACACGUCGAGGACUUCGAUUCAAUCAAGGAACUAGCCCUGUACUUGCGGAAACUCAGCAAGGACGAGGGUCUGUACAACACGUACUUCGAGUGGAAGAAGUUCGGCUGGGUGCAGCUCACCAUCGAAGAGUAUCUCCUGGAGCCCGAGCAAGUGUGUGAGAACAUCGUGUCGAGGCUCCUGAGUGAUGAGAAAGCCAUGAGGGAAGGGACAUACCACAAACCAAAGUUCCCGGAUUGGAAUGAGUGGUGGACGAACUCGUGCAAGAAGAACGUGAAGUGGCCAAUCAAAUUAAAAUGAAUAGACCUGAAACUGAGCGCGAUUUUAAAUGAAAAGAAAGAGGAAAGUUUCUUUAUGAAAGGAGAUUCAAAAUGUGGAGAUGAAGAAUAAAUGGCAAGGCUAGAUAAUAGGGAUAUACAGUAGG